GUUUCUUGACUGGCCAGCAGGCUCGCUAUGCACCGCCCCCAUGGAAGCGAUACCCGGCUGGCUACAAAGUAUUGCAUACCCGACUACUUGACUUCUGCACAGGUGCGCCCUGAGACCCCUACUAGUCUCGCCACCACGCCGCCGUUUCUCAGGACCCUGGGACAACGGGCGGAUACUACUCGCACGCUGCAGAAAGCCCACAGAAGAUGGUGUUGCCUUAUUUAUUCCAGGGUGCGAGCUGAGCUCCCACCAGCUCUGGAGCCCGCGCUAAAGGGGACUCCCGCGCGCCAUCUUCUUCCCUCUACACUUUCCAUCUCAGUGCUCCCGCCCGUCCCAUCUCGCCAGAUAGACUGGCAGGCAGACAGACGCACACUAUGGUUCUUCUCGAAAAGACAAUGUCGGCGCUACCCCUCCUGGGGGCAGCUGCCGCCGCCGCCGCCCUCGCGUAUCUGCUCGCCCGCGCCUUCACACAGCGCCGCUUCUACCGCAACGUGCCGUGCCCGCCGCACUCGAUGUUCUGGGGCCACCUGAAGCUGCUGGGCGAGUACACGGCCAGGAUGCCCAAGGGCGGCUACAUCCAGCAGGCCAUUACGCAGAUGAAGCAGGACUACGACCUACCCGACGUCUUCUACCUCGACAUGUGGCCCGCGACCAGCGGGUUCGUGUGCAUGACGGGCCCCGACGCCACCGCGUACCCGACCACCACCAACGUCUGGCCCCAGGCGCCCAUCGUGACCGACUUCUUUGUCGAGACGACCGGGACCACCUUUAUCGAGGCCACCAACGGGCCCCUGUGGAAGGAGCUGCUGCACCGCAUCGCCCCGGGACUGACCCCGACCACCAUCAAGGCCUACUUCCCCGCCAUCGUGGCCGAGGCCUGUAGCCUGCGCGACGAGCUGGCCAGGAACUCUGGCGCCGGCGCCCCGGCGGUCCGCAUCUCGGACGCCAUCGGCCGCUACCCGUUCGGGGUCAUUGCCCAGGUCAUCUGCGGCGAAGGGCUGGGUGAGGACGUGUACCGGGACACGCUGCGCGUCGCCGAGCUCCAGACGCUCAAGCAGACCCCCGGCGCCCUGUUCCUGCCGUGGAACAAGUGGGCGUACAAGCGCGAGGUGGCCGCGUGCCUCGGGCGCAUCGACGCCGUCUUGUUGACGAAGGUGAGGGCCAGGUUCGCGGAGCUGGCGCGGGACAAGGCGGCGGCCACGCAGCGGAUUCUGGACCGCCUGUUGCUGCCGAGCGUCAAGCAGGGCCUGCCGCUCGACUCGGCGCUCGAGACGCUGUGCCUGUCAAACAUCAAGGGCCUCAUCAUCGCCGGGUAUGGCACCACAAACGACACCUCAACGUUCAUUUGGCUGCUCCUGCACACGCAUCCGGAGAUCCUCGAGAAGCUUCGCGACGAGCACGACCGCGUGUUUGGCAAGGAUCUCGACGCGACCCUCACCAAACUGCGCGAGAACCCGGGCCUGCUCAACAGCCUCGAGUACACCACGGCCGUCAUCCACGAGACUCUGCGGCUCUUCCCCAUCGGCAUGGUCGUCCGUGCGGUGCCGCCAGGACUGAAAUCCAUGUCCAUUGGUGGCAAAGAACAUCCCGUCCUGCCCGACCAGAUGGCCUGUAUCGUCUCGCACGCGAUGCACUACAACGACGAGUACUUCCCCGACCCCAAGCGCUUCCUGCCGGACCGCUUCCUCAACGACCCAGCGGCGUCUGCGCUCGUCACGGACGGCACCGGCCAAGCGACCUCUUCCUCUGGCAGCGAUGACGACGAGAAGAAGACCGCCGCCGGCGGCAAGAUCGGCAACGGACCCAUUCACCCGCGCAACGCGUACCGCCCGUUCGAGCGCGGCCCGCGGGGGUGUAUCGGCCAGGCCCUCGCGAUGGAGGAGAUGAAGGUCCAGCUCGUGGUGCUGGCGCGGUCGUUUGACAUGGCGAUCGAGAAGGUGGAGGAAGCGGGCGAGAGCAAGGCUGAUGUCAAGGAGCCGACCUUUGGGCACAUGGACAUGGAGAAGAAGCUUGGCAGGCACGCUCUGCAGGUUGCUGGUUUCACGGCCGGGCCUGCCGGACCGGUAUUGAUGAAAGUCCGCCCCCGGGGUGGUCUGGCGGCGGCGGCCCGGUAGAUGGUCGGGGGAUGUGCUGAUGAGAGAGCAGGUGGGGAAUAAUGGGGAUGGUACGUCUGUCUGCUGGCUGGACUGUGAGUUUCCAGGGGUUCGCUCUACACCACGGCCGACGGCUGCACCUACAUGAGAUCCUUCAGUUUACCGAAUUGUAUUAGUGCAUGGUAAACUUCUCCUAAGGCCUAGUGUCCAUUUGUAUUCAGAAAUGGACCAUCCCGAAGCUCACGGCUGGAAUCGCUCGUUGAUCGUGACAAACGCGUAACUUCAGCUGGUGCUUCCGUCACUACGCCCUUGGUCUAGCGAGGGCUACAAAGACCUCUCGCACUGAAGCAGCGCCUCAUGGGACGACUUGAUUGCUCGUUGAUAUGUUGGCUGCAUGUUAGAACCGGGCGUCAGGGAGCAUGCAUCUCACAAAUGCUCCAAAUUUGAGGCCCGUCAAAGUCGACUGGGAUGAG